AUGGUACCAUCAUCCAGCGACUGCUGUCAAGCACUUUCAGCAAUCUCAGCACUUGCCAAUGUCUUCUACCCCAACUCACCACAGUACAAUUCGACACAGCAAUCCUACUGGACGCUUCAAGAAUCCUCCCUCCGUCCGUCCUGCAUCAUCCAACCAUGCACGGCAGUGCAAGUCGGUGAUGCUGUGUCCUCUUUGGUCAGCCGAAACUGCUCCUUCGCAAUCAAAGGACGUGGUCAUGCUCCCAGUGCAGGCUACGCUAACAUUGACGAUGGCGUCACGAUCGACUUGACCAGCAUGAAGAGCGUUGAGCUACGAGGCGAUGCCAGCGUUGCACGAGUUGGCGCAGGGGCAAGCUGGCUAGAUGUGUAUACCUUCCUUGACCAGAGCAACAAGACGGUGGCUGGCGGUCGCAACGGCGCAGUGGGUGUGGGCGGCCUGACAGUCGGUGGCGGCAUCUCCUACUUCUCCCCGCAAGUCGGCUUCACCUGCGACACGCUCGUCAAUGUCGAGGUGGUGCUGGGAAAUGGACAAGUUGUCAAUGCCAAUGCCACCGACAAUGCCGACCUCUUCCGCGCGCUCAAAGGCGGGCUGAACAAUUUUGGCAUCGUGACGCGUUACGACUUUUCCACGAUCGAAUACGACGGCAUCUUCGGUGGCACCGUGGGUAACGACAUAUCCCAACGUGAUGCCGUCUUCGAUGCCUUCACCAACAUCGCCGCAGCACCGGACUAUGAUGUCCACGCCUCCAUCGUGGUAGGCUUGGUGUACGCGGCAGGCACAUGGUCUCUCUCCUCAACGCCAAUUUACACGCAGCCCGUCCUGCGCCCAUCCGUCUAUGACGAACUCUUCUCCGUGCCAAAUAUCUCCGACAGCACGGCCAUCCGACGUCUGGGCACGUUCGCAAACGAGACGAGCCUGCCGCCACUGAACGGCCUGUUCUUGACGACCACGUUUGGUGCAACUCCAGGCUUGCUAAGUUCCAUGUUUGACAUUCUCAAUCAGACGCUCUCUACAUCCAGUACAGUUCCAUCGUCGACGAUAUGGAGCUUCGCAUUCGAGCCCCUGCCCACGGUAUUCGUCGAACAUGGUGCCGGCCGGAACACGCUUGGCACCAGCUCAGCAGAUGGAAACAGCAUCGUUCUCCUGCUGAGCGCGUUCUGGCCUGGUGCAGCAGACAGUGAUGCGGUACAGGCGGUCGCAAAUAGUGCAUUCGCGGCAUUGAACGAGGAGGCAGAAAAGCAGGGGCAGGCGAAGAGGUUUGUCUAUGCAAAUUAUGCGGGUCAGAGCCAAUCGCCGUUCCAGAGCUAUGGUGAGGCGAACGUCGAUUUCUUGCAGAAGACGGCCGGCAAGUACGAUCCGCAGGACGAUAAUCUCAAGGCGGCUGGUGUUCGCGCUAAUCACGUCUUCUUCUACUCUUACAUCCAUAAGGAGUGGUCUCAAGCCGCGGCCUUGGACAAGGAUAAUACCGCCCUGCCAAGAAACUUCCUCGAUUCCCUCGAACUGGCCGACAUCAAGCCCAGUCGUUUCGUGCUCCAAACUGGAGGAAAGAAUUACGGCAUGCACAUUGGUCGCGUGCGAACUCCCCUCGGCGUCGUCUCACGCGUCGAUGAACACCUUCUAUUUUCCGCCGUCUACGCCAUCGUCCAAGCGCGGAAAGGAGAGCCGAUCGCUGCCAAAGGCGAUCGGGAGCAAUCGCAAUACGAGUACUACCACUGCACGGCUCGGAUGACGGGAUACCUGAGCGAAUGGGCUGAUCUGGACAGCACUUGCGCGAACGAGGCCUUCAACACCCAAGAUGGCAGACCCUUGAGCUGGGAGCGCUUCUUUUCCGAGCUUGCCCGGUGGUUCGGCGUCAAAGAAGUUGUGCCGCCACCAGAUGACGAGCCGGGGCUCAAAGCCAAUGUGGGGAAGCUCGGAAAGGAGUCGCCUUUGGGAUACGAAAUGCCGCCCGAGGCUCGGUUUGCCGUCGUUGCUGGCACGGGUGCUUUCGACUUCACGCCCGCCUUUGAGGAUGCCAUUCUCUGCAUCGUCCCUUCGGCCCUCUUUCUGGUUGUAGCCCUACAGCGUCUCUUCUGGCUCGCGAGACAACCUCGCAAGGGACUGAUCGGCGUGUACACAGCUCUACAACUCGCAGUCUUGCUGUGCUGGGCUCUGAAUACAGAGAAGUGGCCUUUCUCUCGGUUACGGACGUCGGCCGCCGUGCUCGCCUUCGUCGAUGGAUUUUUACUCUUGUUCCUGUCCCAUGCCGAGCACGCUCGCUCGGUACGACCAUCGACCAUCAUCAACGUUUAUUUACUCUUUACUUUGCUCUUUGACUGCGUCGUUGCCAGAACUCUGUGGCUUGCCGACCAUGACUCCACGAUCCCGGGCCUUUUCACCUCAAUUAUCGCUAUCAAACUCUUUGUCUUGACUUCGGAAGCCUGGGAAAAGAGACCCAUACUCCUGUCUCAGUACCAGUCUCUUUCCCCAGAGGUCACCAGUGGCAUACUGGGCCGGAGUGUCUUCUGGUGGCUGAAUUCACUGAUGCGAACCGGGUUCACUCGCUCCCUCACUGAUCAUGAUCUGCUCCCCAUCCAUGACAGCUUAGCGGCACGAACACUACUCCCCGAAGCACGGGACUCGUUUGGUUCAUCGAACCACUCCAAUCGCCAUGCCUUGGCCUUCUCCAUGUUGUGGGCCACCAAGUACAUCUUUCUGGCUGGCGUGACACCCCGCCUUGCAUUGGCUGCUUUCAAAUACACGCUUCCUUUUCUCAUCACCAGGACGACUUCCUGGACGACCGAUUCGUCGCAGCCAGAUGCAAUGGGAUGGGGACUGACGGGUGCAUGGGUGCUGGUCUUCCUUGCGCAAGCUAUUUCGAACGGCUUUUAUUACCAGAUGACAUAUCGAUUUGUCACUUCGAUUCGCGGCAGUCUCUGCAGUUUGAUCUACACCAAGACGUUAGAUCUCAGCAGCAGCACGGCUCUUGACGAGUCCGUGGCGGUAUCGCUCAUGUCUACGGACACCGAAAGUAUUUGUCAAAGCGCCGCAACCUUGCACGAGCUUUGGGCCUCGCCAAUCGAGUCUUCUGUCGCCAUCUUUCUCCUGUACAAGCAGCUUGGCCUUGCGGCUCUGGCCCCGGUCGUUGUAGCAAUCAUUUCCACUACUGGCAUGUUGUGGCUUGCCCAAUUCAUUGGAAUGGCCAAAACAAGUUGGAUGGAGGGCAUCCAAACGCGGGUCGAUGUAACGGCUUCGGUCCUCGCAUCCAUGAAGGUUAGGAUCCAGCAGGAAGACCUGACAAUACUUGUUCUUGAUGGCAGGCUCGAGCACUAA